UACAAUCAAAUCAGCCUAUUAAAAGUGUUUUUGUCUGCCUCCGCCCACAAAAUUAUCCUUUUAGGCCACAAAACCCCUCUGCCAACUGACGCCCCCUUUUGGGCGGUUGGCGCCGAACACAGCAAGCAAGCAAGCACUCGGUCAAUACGCCCCUCGCGCACGUUAGCCCCCCUAGACACCUUUAGCGGUGGCCUCUUCUCUCUCUCUUUCUCUAGAUCUCCACAUCAGCCGCCCCCUUUUAACCUAACCUCCCCACCCUCUUUUCCACAUUAUGCCUCCCUUCUCCUCCGUCCCCCACCACCCCUUUUCUUUCCCCUUUUUUUCCCCACAUCAUUACAAACCCUUAAUCCAUCUUAACACAUUAAUUAGAGACAGAUCUAAAACAUUCUGUAACUCACAAUGGCAACUCUAUCUCCAUCAACCCAAGAUUUCUCUAACGUCGUUACCCCAUCCGUUACAGUUGCAGUUUCUUCUCGCCGUUUACCACCACCGUGUUGGUCCCACGACGAGACAAUAUCACUAAUCGAUUCCUACAGAGACAAAUGGUAUUCCCUUCGUCGUGGUAAUCUCCGUGCUAAUCACUGGCAAGAAGUUGCUGAUGACGUGGCUUCUAGAACCCCCGUUGAUGUUCCCAAAACCGCCGUUCAGUGCCGUCACAAAAUGGAAAAGCUAAGGAAACGUUACCGUAAUGAAAUACAACGUGCUGCUCCUUAUGGUGGGGCUAGAUCUGGUCGUUAUUGCUCUGCUUGGGUACAUUUUAAACGUAUGGAUAAUAUGGAAAGAGGUCCUAAUGCUGUUGAUGAGCCUAGUGAUGAGGAUGUUCAAGAAGAUUACAAACAGAAUAACGUUAAACUUAUAGGUGAUUUCUAUGGUAACAAUGUGAAUAUGGGUAAUCGGAGUAGUUUUCCAGGGGUUGUGAGUAAUGGGGGUGGUGGGUUUCGGAUCCGGAUACCCGGUAUGCCCGGAUCGGCUCCACCAAUGGCGAACCCGUAUAGUAGAGUUGAAAACCCUAACAAUUUUGGGUCUAGUAAGAUGUUUAGAGAUGGGUUUGUGAAGAAAGCUGAUUUGGGGAAAAGGGUUGUUGGUGAAGGAGUUGGGGAGAAGGAAAAAGGGGACCCGAUGGGGGAAAUGGUGGCGGCGAUAAAGGUAUUAGGGGAUGGAUUUGUGAGAAUGGAGAGGAUGAAAAUGGAUAUGGCGAGAGAGCUGGAAGAGAUGAGAAUGGAAAUGGAGAUGAAAAGAACCGAGAUGAUACUCGAAUCGCAGCAAAGGAUUGUGGAGGCUUUUGCACAAGCGUUGUCGGAGAAGAAACAUAAGAAGGUGAAGAGAAUGCCAACUCCUGAAUGCUAGAUUGGUCUUAGGUGUG